UUUCAACUACCCCCCAAUUUUCCGCAAUUAUUCGUUCAAAAACACUGGGAAAAGUCACAUCGAUGGUGUGUAUACGUGUGUGUGGGUGUUGUUGAAGUUAAAGUGGAAAUGGCUGCCUGUUUUGACAAGAAGUGCUGAAAAGAAGGAUUUUCCAGUGUGAAAAAUUUCACAUUCAUUUCCACAGCACGCACCGAAGCACCAUUUAAUCCCGUGUGAACGCGUGAAAACAUUCCGAGUGUGCGUGAAGUGGAUUUUUGGGGUGGUACAGGCAGUGGAAGUGUGGGAAAAAGUUGUGCACGAACGAAAUGGUGGAAAGGCGGAUGUGAAAAUUUUCAAAGUGGAAGAAAACACGGAACCCACAGGGUGGAAACGAUUGCAUAGGUGCUCUGAAAAGGGGGUUGGUUUUGUGUGGGCAAAGUUCUUACACCUUUUUUUCUCGUGGUGCUUCUUGUGAGAAAGCUCAAUGGGGGCGCACCCCUUGCGUGAAGUGCACGAACACCCUACUUCCGUUUGCUGAAAGCUCCAUCGUUUCUUUUUUUUUGCUAAAGAAGGAAAGAAAAGCAGAGAAAAAAGUGAAAUUGUGAUGUGUCAUCUGUGAAAGUGAAUUAGCCUGAUUAAGGGAGGAGAGCUUUCGAUUGUGGGCCCCAAAAAGUGCGUAAGCUGUGUAUGUGUGUGUGAGGGUGAAAAAAAUCCAAAUGUGUCAGAGGGGUGGUUUAAGCUGGGCCACACGGAAAAUCGAUGAGAAAAUGAAAGCACCACGAAAUAUUACCCUGAUUAUGGCUGCAAAGCUCAAAAGCGCCCAUAUGGCUGGCUACUUGUGAAAAUUGCGUUGCCGUCGUCCCACAUCCGGUUGAGUGAGGAAGCACAGCCGUGGCAGAGAGAGAGAGCUUAAUUUCUUACAAUCUCACACCCCCACCAGAGUGUCUACAUAGGCGCAGUACUAAGAGCUUUUGGGCCUGAAAGUAUACAUAGAGAGUGUGUCAAAGUGGAGCAAAAUUGUGUCCAACGUAUAUAGCGCGCAAGGAGGUGAGGGGCGGUGGUAGAGUCAGCAGGAAGGUAUAAAAAAAUUGAGCCAAGGUGAAAUUCAUCAGCCUCCUUCGUCAUCAUCAUCCACCUUGUCCCGGUGUGUAGCCAACCCCACUACCACUGCCAAAGUGAGAGAGAAAUAUUAAUUAUUAUGUGGAAUCUCUCUGUGUCAGUUUGUGAGCGAGAAAAGCUCCGUGGUGGGUGCUACUGCGAAGCCCCACCGUGUAUUUCGUGCCAGCAGCUCGUUCUGGUGAAUUAUCGAUGAUCCUGCGGUGUAAUGAGUGUGAUGCCUCUCGAUUGGCGUACCACACACAAAAAACACAAUUUGCCAUUGUGCUGAAAAUCAAGAAAACAUUCCCUAGGCUAAGCGAAGAGAGUUUCAGUUGAGGUCAUCCGGUACACAUAAGUAGUAGGCAGCAUUUGUAAGCUGAUUUUAGUAAUAUUUAGGCGAAUUUUAGUCACAUAGAGUCAUACAACACCACCAAAGCUAUAUAUAAAAUAAAUAUAUAGCAAAUCCCCAUUCCCUGAAAGUUGUAUAAAAUCUCCCAAAAGUGCUAUACAAUCGAUAUAGAGAGAAAGCUAGAGAGAAAGGAGGAAAACCAAAAUUGACGAGGAUUAUAUCGGUAGUCGAAGGGCCCCCACAGUGAUAUAGGAGAUAUCGUUUCGUGCGUGAGGAGUUUCCGUUUUUGCUGAGCCUCGGCAGGCUCGCCCGUGUGUGUCGCAGUGAGAGGGGUGAAUAUGGCAUUCGCCCUUGGAGGGGAUUUAUGAAACACAAUGGAUUCUAUGGAUCCCAGCAUAGCAGCCAAAAGCUACUGUCAUGGACCGCCGACGCCGCAGUCGUCCGGCGGGGAGAUGCCCAACAAGACGAAGGCACAGCAGCUGAACUCAGGAAACUACAUCAAUGUGGUGCAGAUGCCCGUUGGUGUGCAAUACCAACAGCAGCAGCAGCCACAGCAGCCGCAGCAGCAGCAACAGAGGAGGAAGUACUCACCCCAAGUUGCAUCCGAAUAUCAAUCCCGGAUCUUCUUUGGGGAGUACAUGAGGGAGAGAUGUCGCGACGAAUUUUACGCAAUACCAUCAACACCAGUGCCAGCAGCAACGGAUUUGGAUCCAACAUCCGUUGUGUCGCCAACACCGCCCCCGCAGCAGUCAUCGGCGCAGCAACCACAGCAGAAUGUACCCUCUGUGCUGUAUACGGUUCAGAGGGUGGUCACCACCACGUCACAGAUUCAACAAGCAACGGGGGCGAAUUAUGCAGUUAACUCGAGUCUGUCGAAUGCAUCCAACUUGCCACGAAGUGAUGUCGAUUGCGGAAUGCAGAAUUCUCCAGGGCCAAGUACAAGUACAAAUUACCAAUCUCAAGCCGCCAAUACUAGUUCAGAAAUGCAACAAUCAGCGUGUUUAGCGAAUAACUACGGGAGCUCAGGCACAACGUCUAUGAAUUAUGCAUCAACAGGUGUUUCGUCAUCAGCAUCAAUUCCCAGACCUCUGCAGCAUGUUAUACCGACUUGUGUGUAUUUGAUGUCCCGCAUUGCUGUCCACAUGGAGAUUGAGGGUACGGCUCAGUGCCCAUCACAGGUGAUGCUGGCAGCGGCGUUAGGCUGUGAGGAGUUGGGUAUAGCCAAUAAAUUGCUUGCGCAGAGUAUCUUUGGUCUGUGGAUGACGAGCUCACUUCUAGAAAUCCAAUUGAAGCCCCAUCAUCGACCGUAUGCUGUGAGGGUAGCGUGGUCCAAAUUGCUGGAGAGGCACAGUCAUGGGAAUGAAAUAGAACGCAAAUAUGACGAACCAAUGAUCACCCUAAGGAGGAAUGUGUUUUUCUCGAAAAAGGAUGAAGAGAAAAUUAAAGACCCGAGAAUUUUGGAGCUGCUCUACGAGGAGGCGAGGCACAACGUACUGAUGGGGCGCUACAUCAUGGAACCGGCACACUCCAUCAUGCUGGGCGGAAUUCAGGCUCGCGUCGAGUUGGGCCCCUACAAUUCGCACACUCACACAAUCGGCUUUUUUAGAGAAAAUCAAUCACGCUUUCUACCACCGCACGUUGCAAAGAGUUCGAGUUGGUCAUGGCUUCCGGUCAGUAGAAAAACAUCCGCCGAAGUUAGACUUCUCGAGCAAUUUAAACGUGUACCAACAACCGCCACAACUAGAAAAUUAAUGAGGAAGUAUCUAGAAUUCUGCUGGGCACUUCCAUUCUAUGGUGCUGCCUUUUUCCACGGCCAAGUGGAACAACCAGUUCGAGGUCUUAUGAGUUUAGUUCAUCAAAAAGAUAUCUCCGUAUUGAUAGCAAUUAACGAGAAAGGUGUCUUUGUCAUCGAUCACGUUGAGAGCACUUUAAUACUGGGAUUGAGAUACGAAGAAUUGUCAUGGGACUUUGCGAAGCCAAGUUCUGCUGAUGAUCCAGAGUGCAUGCCUUGCAUUUUUAUUCAGUUCGAAGCUGUGGAAAAUGGUAUUCCUGUGACAAAGCUGAUGCAAAUUUUCUCGAAACAAGCCGGUAUGAUGGAUGCCUUAAUUGCUCAUUUUGCUGAACAAAUGAGACGCCGACGAGAUGGUAGUGAUGGACAACCGCCCGACAAUGGUGUUCACGAUGAACCAAACCCAAUUCAAAACAGCGGCAAUGGAGUUCUUAGCAACAAAUUAUCUCGAUUAACUCUCGCCACUUUCGACGACGAGGGGCGCUGCAUUGGACAAAUGGGAUCCCUAUCUAUAAGCUACUAACAUUUAAUAUGGAUUACAAUGAUAUUCCAAGGUAUAUAAUGAAAUCUUUACCAAUUACUUAAUAAAGAAAAAUUACAUAAUGAAUGAGAAAGAAAAAGAAAAAAUCGUGCUGCAGGAAAAGACACAUUGAUGAAAUCUAAGAAAAAAAACUGAGAUUGAAGGAUUGAAAACGACAAAAAAUCCUUCAAACCAAAAAUUCUUAAUUAACCGAGAAUGGCAGAAAGUGAAAAAAAAGAAAGAAAAAAAUGGAAUCAUAUUAGUUAUGCAUAAACUUACAAAUUUGUAAAUAAACUAUAAUCAACUUUAAAAAAAUAUACAAUUAUCAAGAUAUUUUGUUUUAGUCGACAUGAUAAUAAAAUUGUAAUUGAUUAAUAAAAAAAUCGUAAUGAGAUCGUACAUUGAAUAUAAAAUAAAGAAAAAGUCGAAAAGAAAAUUUUGAAAUGAAAGAAAAAACCCAGCAAUUAUGUAAAAAGUCAGCCCAAAGUCACAUCACCCAGAGACAUAGAAAAUAGAGAAAAUAUUUAAAAAAUGAGAAGAAGAAAAACACUUUUAUACCAUUUUAUCAUGAGUCUCUUAAACCAAAAGGAAAAUAAUAAAAAAAAAAAAGUAUAUAAAUUUUGACGGAAAUGUGUAAUGAAAGAAAAUAUCGGAUGGAAAAUGUUUUCGAGGAGAUAAAUAUGGUGAAUUAAAUAUCUGCGCGUGCAAUAAAAAGAGUUUCACAGGUAAUUUUUCAGAAUUUAUUUAAUAAUUCAAAUUGAGAAAAAUACAAAAAUACAGAGGAGAAAUAAAAUUUCAACACGAAGAGAAAUCAUUAUUUGAUUGUAUUUAAUUGAAAUUGAUGAAAUUAUUAUUGCAACUGUUGUGUGAAAGGGUGUACCAAAUAAAGUGCAAAGUUUAAAUAAUUCUAUUGGAUUCUAAAAGCUUUUUGGACCAACAUCGUGAAUUAUUUCUUAUUUUUCAAAUUGAGGAAUAGCAAAUAUCGCAAAUUUUUAAUUUUAUAGUUGCUGAAAAAGUUAAUACAAUUUGCAACUAUUAAGUAUACUUGAAAAAGAAAGAUUUUCAAACUGAUGGAACUCAAGAGUUAAAAAUGCUUCUUCACAAAACCUUUUUUUUAAUAAAAUGGUAUUAGAUUUUUUCUAAUUACUAUAAUUUUCCAUCAAAAUAAAUUUGAAAAGAAGAAUUCUUCAUUUCUCUAAAAAAAAACUUAUUUUUUUUAUAAAUAAAUAUUUAAAUAGUGCGCUUUACAUGGAACACGCUUUAUUAUAAAAAAUAUAUUUUAAACUUAUUGGCAAAAAUUAUUGAAUUUUCAAAAGAACCAGAACCAAUAUGAAUUAACUUAGAAGUACCUACUUAUUUAUAUAAAAAAAAUAAUUCGUUAUUAAUGAAAAAAAUUUGGUAAUAAAAAAAACUGAAUGUUGUUAUUGAAUAAAAAAAAUAAAUUUGUAAAUUACUGCAAGGUUUGUAUAAUUAGGUGAAUAAAAAAGAAAAAAAAACGAUUUUUAUUUCUCUAAGAUGGACUUCAAAAACAAAAUGAGGAUUUCAAGAAACGAAAACGAGCAUCAAGAUAAUAAAUCAAUGUCUUCUAAACAAAUUAUAGUCUCUUUGUAAUUUACUUAUGACGAUGGAGAGAGGUAUUUUGUCAUUAAAUGGACUUAUAUAUUCACCAAUUUAUCAGGAAAAUUUUAAAAGUGAAAAAAAAGCUACAUACACACCAAAAAGUGUUGCAGAUAAACCCAUUUUCUAAUUGAGCCACAACUUUUCACCACACACACUCUCUCUGUAUCUCACACCACAAAAAUCACACAUCCUUUUUCAUUCCAAAACAAAGGCAAAAAAAAAACAAAAUGAGAGUAAAAAAUUAGAGAAUGAACUUUGAAAUGAGUUAAGCAAGUUAAUUAUAAUAGAAAGUGAAUGAAAUCCGUAAAACGUGGUUUAAAUUAAAUGUAUAAUGGAACGUGGUAAUGAAUUCAGAAGAAAAAAAAAGAAGUAACACUCACACACAGUAAAGCGAAUAAGAAAUUAUUAAAAGAAGAUGAAAAAAAAAGAAAAAUACAGCAUUGUAUUAUUUCCGAUUAAAUACACUUAUGGAUUAAAUGAAAAAAAAAAACUUAUACAUAAAAAGGAAAAAAAAAACUAAUGCAUAUACAAUAUUAUGUAAUUGAGAAAUCAAGAUAUUUUAAAAAAGACAAAAUAAAUUUUCCAAUAAAAAUCAUAAAGAA